GGAGGAGCCAGCGAGUGCGGGAAGGAGUGGGGGUGGUUGGGAAGAGCAUCCUCGCUGUCCCCACUCUCCCUCGGCGAGCAGCCGGGGCGCACGGACCGACGGACUGAUGGACUCGCGCGCUGCCUGAGCUGCUGCGGGGCGCCGGCACCGGGCGUCGACGGCCAGCUCCAGCCCUCCCAGCCCCGUCGCGCCCCGCCCCGUCCCGUCGGGGCCGAUGGCUCCUCCCGAGGCCCGCAGCCCGGGGGGCGCAGGGUAGAGCGCCGCGGCCGGGCCACACAGCCCGGGGACUCCCGGGCCCUCCCGGAGCCCCGCGGAGUCCCCGCCGUCCGUCCGGCGGGCUCAGGGAGAGAGAGGGAGCGCCCUCCCCCUGCCGCCCCCUCCCCCAAGCGUCGAGACAAGAUGCUGCCCGGGCUCGGGCGCCUGCUGCAAGGUCCCGCCUCGGCCUGCCUCCUGCUGAUGCUCCUGGCCCCGCCCCCAGCGGCCCCCAGCUGCCCCAUGCUCUGCACCUGCUACUCUUCCCCGCCCACCGUGAGCUGCCAGGCCAACAACUUCUCUUCCGUGCCGCUGUCCCUGCCGCCCAGCACGCAGCGACUCUUCCUGCAGAACAACCUUAUCCGCACGCUGCGGCCCGGCACCUUCGGGCCCAACCUGCUCACCCUGUGGCUCUUCUCCAACAACCUCUCCGCCAUCUACCCGGGCACCUUCCGCCACCUGCAGGCCCUGGAGGAGCUGGACCUCGGCGACAACCGGCACCUGCGCUCUCUGGAGCCCGACACCUUCCAGGGCCUGGAGCGGCUGCAGUCGCUGCAUCUGUACCGCUGCCAGCUCAGCAGCCUGCCCGGCAACAUCUUCCGCGGCCUGGUCAGCCUGCAGUACCUCUACCUCCAGGAGAACAGCCUGCUGCACCUCCAGGAUGACCUGUUCGCGGACCUGGCCAACCUGAGCCACCUCUUUCUGCACGGGAACCGCCUGCGGCUGCUCACGGAGCACGUGUUCCGCGGCCUGGGCAGCCUGGACCGGCUGCUGCUGCACGGGAACCGGCUGCAGGGCGUGCACCGCGCGGCCUUCCGCGGCCUCAGCCGCCUCACCAUCCUCUACCUGUUCAACAACAGCCUGGCUUCGCUGCCCGGCGAGGCGCUGGCCGACCUGCCGGCGCUCGAGUUCCUGCGGCUCAACGCCAACCCCUGGGCGUGCGACUGCCGCGCGCGGCCACUCUGGGCCUGGUUCCAGCGCGCGCGCGUGUCCAGCUCCGACGUGACCUGCGCCACCCCCCCGGAGCGCCAGGGCCGCGACCUGCGCUCCCUCCGCGACUCCGACUUCCAGGCGUGCCCGCCCGCGACGCCCACGCGCCCCGGCAGCCGUGCGCGCGGCAACAGCUCGUCCAACCACCUGUACGGCGUGGCCGAGGCCGGGGCGCCGCCCGCCGACCCCUCCACGCUCUACCGAGACCUGCCCGCAGAAGACCCGCGGGGGCGCCAGGGCGGGGACGCGCCCACGGAGGACGACUACUGGGGGGGCUACGGGGGCGAGGACCAGCGGGGGGAGCAGACGUGCCCGGGCGCGGCCUGCCAGGCGCCCCCGGACUCCCGCGGCCCCGCGCUCUCGGCCGGGCUGCCCACCCCUNCCCCCCACCCCGCCCCCGGGCCUUUGCGGCCUUCGUCUCCCUUCCCCAGGGACGGACCAGAGCGGCCGCCUCUCCCUGCCUCCUGGGCUGCUGGCUCAGGACGGGGUACUGUCUGGUGGCUCAGCCCUAUUCUCCCCAACUCCGGCCAUUAACUCUUUCCCGCCCCAAGGCUGGGGUGGGGCACCCCAGGCAGCCGCUGACCCCUUCUCCCAGUGCCCACCUUGGACUCGAGAGGGGCUUUUGUCUGCAGAGCAUCUUCCACCAGCAGAGCCUUUGGAAGCUCCCAGGAAGGGUGCCCCACCCAGGAGCCCUUUGGAGGGAUGCCUCAGUUGGGGCCAGGCUAACCCUAGGCCCCUGCUUAUCCUAGCCCCCCUCACCCUCCUGACACUGGAGGAAUACUUUUCUCCUAAGUCUACCCGGGACACUUUUUAGGGUGCCUGGAGAGAACUUUCCUCUCCACCGUGGCCCCUGUGUGGUGAAGAUCAACAGAAGUUGUU